ACAAACAUGCUAAAAGGGCUCUCCCUGCAGUAUUUCGUGGUCGGAUCAGUGUUCCUCAAUAUGAUCAACAGCGGACUGCAUGUCAGUUGGACAUCGCCCUUCUUGUCCCAGUUGGAGAGCGACCCAAAUGUGGGACUAACAAAGGAUGGCGGUUCGUGGAUAGCGGUCGGGUUUACGAUAGGGGGAACGAUGGGUGCAGUGAUUUCUGGAGGGUUGAUAGAGGCGCGCGGACGAAAGGGGGCUAUGGUGGUAUCGGCCAGUCUGUCAAUUGUGUCCUGGUUGGUUCUGGCAACCGUGCGAUUGGGUUACGGGUUGUUUUUGGGGAGGUUAAUUGCGGGUAUCGGUAACGGAAUCGCCUCGGUCGUAAUUCCGGUGUAUCUAACGGAAGUGUGCGAUUCACCCGUCGGACGAACUUCAACGUCUCUCCUGAACACUCCAUUUUUUAUUGGUGCCUUAGUGGUAAACGUAUCGGGGUACUGCUGGAGUUUAACUGUCGUGUCUCUUUUCUGUGCUUUUCUACCGCUAGCGUUUUUGGUGAUGUGCCAAUGGUUACCCGAAUCACCAGUGUACCUAGCAAAAGUGAAUGCUUCCAAUUUGAAGGAGGUGACCUACCAAAUUAAGGGACAGGGAGACGCUGAGCCGACCACAUACCCACAUUUCCCAUUCAGUAGGUUGUUCACCGAUAAAGCCUAUCGCAACUCCCUUAUUAUGUGCAUGGGGGUAAUUGUUGUGCAGCAGUGCAGUGGAAUCGUGCCGCUUAUGUUCUACACCCAAACCGUUCUUUUCGAGAACAUUGAAGAUCUGCCCCCCGUUACGUUUGCGGUAAUUUUUUACCUGGCCCUCAUUGCGGUGUCAAUUGUGCCAACCAUUGCCAUCGGGCAAGACGAUCGCCUCCUGAAACCACCAGUGAUUGGUGUUGGUUUGUGCUUGCUAAUGGAAGGCAUCUAUCUGUACGUCGUACAUAAACACUUGAGCACGGAAAUUGGGUACCCAUGGGUAAAAAUGGGGAUAAUUCUAUUUUUUGUUAUUUGCUAUUGUCUGGGCUUGCAGACGGUACCGUUCACGUUGAUAGACAUCCUUUUCCCAAUACAUGCCAAAGCAGCAGCUACUUGCGUCUGUGUCGGUUUCCUAAAUUGUGUGGCAUCGGUAAUAGUUAAACUUUUUCAGUUCCUUUUUGACAACCAUGACAUGUACGUCCCGUUCGUUAUGUGCGCAAGUUUUUCUUUUGUAAGUCUGGUGUUUGUAACUUGUUUCAUCUCUCGGGUGAACCGUGGAGAAGUAGGGAGUGAUCUAGAACUAAGAGAAAACGUAGUCCCAGCGUAGCUGUUGCUGUGUCUUUUGAUGAGUACUCGUGUCGUGUAACUAGAUGGAAACCAAAGAGUGUAUUUAAUAAUAGCUCGUUUAUUUGAAUUGAACACUACAGGCUGACUGCCUCGAAACGUCCAUCGAAAUCUGCCACCCGGUAGUAAGUGAGACGAAGCUGCCUCUGUUACUACUAAGGCAACUGUU